AUGGCCGGCCACCGUGAUCAAAAUCUGUUCGGUCAUGACGAUGAUAUCAAUCCUUUUGCAAAUCAUUAUAACAACAAUCACCGAGUCCCUCCAAGCUCCAAGUUAUCAACUCUUGGUCCUGAACCUGCACUUGUCUACGGUCAUGGUGGCGCUGCACCACAUACUUCUCUAGAUACGCCCACGAAACUAAAGAAGAAGAGACAGGAGUUGGAAGCUAAGGAGGCUGAAUUGAACAAGAGAGAAGAGAUCCUGAAACGAAAAGAAGAAGCAAUAGCAAAAUCUGCGGUUGCUGGCAUUAGAGUUAAAAAUUGGCCUCCAUUUUACCCCCUUGUUCAUCACAAUAUUGCGGGUGAUAUACCAAUUCACCUUCAAAGAAUACAGUAUGUUGCAUAUGCAAUAUUAUUAGGAGUGCCAAUUUCGCUUUUUUGGAAUCUUAUUAUGAGUAUAGCAGUAUUUGCGAGUGGGGCAGAGGGUGCCUUUGUGUUCUUCUCUGCAAUCUACUUUUUGUUAGGGCCUCCGGGAGCCUUUUACUUUUGGUAUCGUCCAUUGUAUCGUGCAAAUAGGACUGAUAAUGGUACAAGCUUUGGUUGUUUUUUCUUCAACUUCUUCAAUCACAUCUUGUUCUUUACCUUUGCUGCAAUUGGUCCCCGCAUAUUAUUUGUUGGGCUACAUUUUGCUGGGAUCUUGAAUGCAAUAAGUCUCAUGAAAGACCAUCCCGCACUCGGGAUUAUGAGCUUUAUAGGAUUUGUAUUGUUUGCAAUUGAGGCAAUUGUAAGCAUAUGGGUUUUCCAACAAGUCUAUCGGAACUUUCGUGGUCAUGGCAAAUCAGCUACAAUAAGAAUCGACCUUUAA